AUGCCAAAAACCAAAAUAGACAAUUUUGCGACCCAGUCAUGGACUACACCAAUGUUGAGGACGUGUACGCAAGAAAUCAAAAACCCUUUAGAGGGUAAAAUUACAGGUAGCAUUCCUUCUUGGCUACAAGGUACGCUUAUAAGGAAUGGUUCUGGUGCAAUCAAAAUUGGCAACUCAGAAUUUGGUCAUGUUUUUGACGGAUCAGCACUGCUUCACAGAUUUUCGAUUAAGGGUGGUCGGGCAACGUAUCAAUGUAGGUUCUUAGAUUCAAAAACUUUAAGAAAAAACAGAGCAGCAAAUCGUAUUGUUGUCACAGAAUUUGCCACGGAAGCAGUACCAGAUCCUUGCCACACAAUAUUUGAUAGAAUAUCAACCAUUUUCAACCCUGCAGAGGCAGUCACAGAUAAUUGUGGAAUAUCUGUAUGCCCCUUUGGAGAUCAGAUGUAUGCUAUGACAGAAUAUACUAAUGUUUACAAGAUAGACCCUGAAUCUCUCGAUACGUUAGAAAAGAAAAGUCUUUUAAAUUCAUUAAUCGUUUGCCACACAGCGCACCCACAUGUUAUGAAAAAUGGAGACGUUUACAAUAUAGCCCUUGGCGUGGUUAAGGGGCUGUUGAAACACAUGAUUGUGAAAUUUCCUUACACAGAAAAAGGUGACAUGUUUGAUCUCGUAGAAGUUAUUCAUACUGUGGAUUCAAGAUGGCUCUUACAUCCAUCAUACAUGCAUUCUUUUGGUAUAACUGAGAAUUAUUUUAUUAUCAUUGAACAACCACUAGCAAUAUCUUAUUUAAAUUCAGCAGUAAGCUAUUUAACUAAUCGGCCAUUUUCUUCGAGUGUGUUAUGGUAUGACGAUUACGAGACUCAGAUAGUAUUAAUAAACCGCCAUACUGGAGAACAGACUCGUUACACUACAGAGACCUUUUUCUUUAUGCACAUUAUCAACUGUUUUGAAUUAGACAGCCAAUUGAUCAUAGAUGUGUGUUCUUAUAAAGAUGCAAAAAUAAUUGACGCCCUCUAUGUCGAGGCCAUUAAGAACAUCAACAGCAACCCUGAUUAUGCAAAAUGGUGUCAAUCACAAGCGAAAAGAAUCGAAAUUCCUUUGAAUAGCCCAAAUAACAGUAGAGUGGAGAUGUCAGUUAUAGCAGAUAUUCCGAUAGAAACACCGAGAAUAAACUAUGAAUUGUACAAUGGACGACCUUAUCGAUACUUUUACGGAAUGGGUCCACAAGUGCACUCAAUUUAUGGUGGAACGAUAAUUAAAGUUGAUACAAAAAGCGGUGAAGUGAAGACAUGGUGUGAAGUGGAUGCUCAUCCUAGCGAGCCUGUAUUUGUUGCCCGACCAGAUGCUCAGGAUGAAGAUGAUGGUGUACUAUUGAGUGCUUUACUUUGGGGCAGUGACGAGAAUGCCACAGCUCUCCUCGUGUUAGAUGCACGAGAUCUCACGGAACUUGGACGUGUCAGGUUUACAACACCAUCACACGCACCCAAGUGCUUUCACGGAUGGUAUCUACCCGACACAAAUUCAACUUGA